UCUCCAUCCGUUUUCUGUCUGACAGCUGAAAGGGAAAUUUCUCCAGAGCGAAGAACCUUUUUACUUCCUGCAUCAAAACAGGAUGGGCGUGUUUGACAACUGCUUCGUCCUUCUGGAGCUGAAAAAUGUUCCGCUUAAGGAGAAGAAGAAGCUGAAGUCAGCCGUGACGAUGAACGGAGGCAGCUUUUCGUUCAUCGUCAAUAAACAGUGCUCUCUGGUGGUGACCACGGAUGUGUCCAACCUGAGCUCCAACAGGCUGCGCAGCAUCCAGAAGCACCAGACGCCGGUGGUCGGCUUGAAUUACCUGCACGACUGCGUGGAGAGAGGAGCUCUUCUGCCCGUGGAUGGAUACCAGAUGGACACUGCAUCUGCUGCUUCAUCUCCAGCUCCUCCACCUGUGCAGUUAGCGAGCAGAGCUCCGCUAGCUGCUGAAGCAGCACAACAAACCAAGGAAAGAAAGGAUGAGAAGCUCAGAAUUUUCCAUGAAUCGGACUCUGAUCUCCCGGCGUUCCCUGAUGAUUUCCAGGUGGCGCUGUACUCGUUUUUCGGACAGGAUAACGGGAGCACGUGGUGCGUGUUGGAGCUGCAGAGCGCCGCGGACGAGGAGGGGCGGCGCUACCGUGUGGCCAGAUACUGGCAGGACGAUGUGGCGGCAAAAAAGGCGGCUGUGAUGGACCGGCUGGUGUUUCCCUCCACCUCAGAUAAAGCCGUGGACGUUUACCAACAGCUGACUGAAGAACUACAGCACUCCGACCUGCAGUUGAAGGGCGACGUCCCUGCUGAGGUGCAGCCGCUUGGCUCCGCCCCCCUGCAGCAGCUGCUGCUGGAGAACAAGCUGAACUCGAGCACCUUGUCCCCUGAGGUGGCGUUGUUCGUAGAGAUGCUGUGGACCGAAGCUCUUGGUUGCCUUGGAAACAUCCUCAGAGUUCCCAUCUCUCAGCUCAGCCUGAACGAUGUGAGCAGAGCCGAGGGCCUGCUGCUUCAGGCUCAGAGGAAACUGAAGGAGGGAAAUCCGUCUGAGGCGUCGUCUCUCCUGGAGGAGGUUUACACCCUGCUCCCUCACAAAGAUGCCAGACCACCGUUUCCCACCGCAAAGCUUCUGUCUCAGAAGCUAGACCUCUGUCAGUUAAUCCGAGAUUUUCUAAACGUGACGGAGAUGACCUGCUCCACGCCAUCCUCCGUGGGGAAGUACCGCUCCCUUCGCUGCAGCAUCGAGGCUGUUCCCCCCAGCAGCGCUGAGUUCCAGAACAUCUCCGCCCUGCUGGCCGACAGGCCUGCUGAGAUCCAGCAGAUCCUCCGUGUCAGCAGAGGGGUGGAGCUUCAGACGUUCAGGAGUGAGCUCAGGAACAUCAAGCCCCUCCUCCAUUCGUCCAGCCCCAGGAACUUUGUAGGCAUCUUGUCCAGAGGUCUGCUGCUUCCUCAUGUGGGAGUGGAGCUCCAUGGCAUCGAGAGGACGGAUGUGGGGAACCUUGGCAGCGGGAUUUACUUCAGUGAUGCUCUGAGCACCAGUCUGAAGUACUCCUCCCCCAGUGAAACCGACGGCUCCCGCCUGCUGCUGGUUUGUGAUGUGGCUCUGGGAUGGUUUAAGAACGUCUAUAAGAAAGACCCGACUCUAACCAGGCCUCCAGAGGGCUUUCACAGCGUCCAUGGAGUCCGCCGCACUAAAGGAACUCCGUCUGACUUCGAGGACGACGAGUUCGUGGUUUACUCCCCGGAUCAGGUGAAGAUUAAAUAUGUGGUUCAGUUCAGAGUGAAAGGCGACCAACAGAAGCCCUUCAGUCCGGACAUCAACCUGACGGCGGACGCAGGCGUUCCCAGACAAAUGUUCCCUUCAUCAAACUAUGAAGAUCUGGAAAAGAUAAAAAACCCUCUGGAGGACGUAACGGCCGGACUGUUGAACAGCUCAGGAGAGCAGCUCCCCCUGCAGGCCGUCAAUGUGAAGUGCAAACUGAUAGACCUGCUCUCUCAGGUCGUCAUCUUCCAGAAGUACACCAAUCACAGCUCCGCCCCCAUUGAGGCGAAGUACGUCUUCCCAUUGGACGACUUGGCUGCUGUUUGCGGGUUUGAAGCUUUUAUCAAUGGGAAACACGUGGUGGGACAGGUGAAGGAGAAGCAGACGGCUCGUAGGGAGUACAAGCAGGCUAUAGCCAAAGGCCACGGAGCGUACCUCAUGGACCAGGAAGCUCCUGACGUGUUCACCAUCAGCGUGGGCAACCUGCCGCCUGGAGCCACCGUCCUCAUCAAAGUCACCUUUCUGUCUGAGCUGGUGGUCCGAGACGGGAGCAUUCUGUUCUCCCUGCCGGGGAGUGUGGCUCCCUGGCAGGAGAGCUCCGCCCUCAACCAGACAACACAGGUUUCCGUGCAGAAGGUUUGUGUCACUGAUGAAGCGUCAAGAGAGUUCACCUUGGACAUGUCGGUGGAGAUGCCCAACGAGAUCUCUAGUCUGACCUGCAUCACCCACCAAGUCAAAAUCAAGAGGACUCAGUGUCAGGCAGUGGUCAGUGUGAUGCCAGGUCAGCUCAUGGGUCCGGAUGGUUUCCAGCUCUCGGUUUCUCUCUCUGAGGUUCAUCUUCCCAGAAUGUGGGUGGAGAAACAUCCUGACAAAGACAGCCAGGCCUGCAUGCUGGUUUUCUACCCAGACUUUCAGGUUGACUACAGUUCUGGAGUCAGUGAAGUAGUCAUUUUGCUGGAUUCAUCUGAGUCCAUGAGGGACAAGUCUUUCCAUUUGGCCAAGGAAAUCGCCCUGCAGGUGUUAAAGAAUCUGAAGGACAACGUCAGAAUCAACAUUUUUUUGUUUGGAACAGUUUACCAGCGAGCUUUCCAAAAGGCUGAGCAACUUCCUGAAGCUGAUGAUAAAGCCGAGAUGUUCAUCAAGAGCUCUUGUCCACUAGGGGGCGGCACCGAGCUGUGGCGGCCUCUCCAGGCCCUCAGCCUGUUGCCGCCGUCCUCUGGCGUGCGUAACCUGCUGCUGCUGUCGGACGGCCACAUUCAGAACGCUGCAGUCACCUUGCAGCUGCUCAGAGACAACGUCAAGCACAGCCGCCUCUUCACCUGCGGCCUGAGCUCCACAGCCAAUCGCCACAUGUUGAGAGCCCUGGCUCAAGCAGGGGGCGGGGCUUAUGAAUUUUUCGACGCUAAAACUAAGCACACCUGGGCUGAGAAGGUGAAGCACCAGGUGAAGCGCAUGUUGUCUCCCGGCUGCAGCUCCGUCUCUGUGAAGUGGCAGCAGUUCAACUCAAGAGCUCCUCCUCCUCUUCAAUCCCCGAAGCAGCUGCACGCUCUGUUCAACGACUGCCACACGCUGGUUUACGGCUUCGUGCCCCACUGUACUCAGGCGACUCUACUUGGAGAUGUACGUGGUCAGGAGCUUAGAACCAUGGUCUCAACAACAGAGCUGCAGAAGACCAGAGGAACCUUUCUUCAUAAGCUCACUGCCAGAGCGCUGAUCAGAGACUAUGAGGACGGAAGCCUGGACGCCACCGAGGCUGAACAUGAGGGUAAAAAAGCCGAGCUGAAGUCCUUCAUUAUCGAUCUAAGCAAAGAGUACUCCAUUCUGUCUCAGUUCACCAGCUUUGUCGCCAUUGAAGAGCGGGAUUCGGAGAAAGCAGAGGAUGGCGUCACGGACGUCCCCAAGCUGAUCGCAGACGAGGAUGUAGACUUCUUGCCCUACAUCAGCUGGACUCUUCCUCAGGAGAAACAAACAGCUGAGAUAGAUUCUAUUGAGGAGGAUGAAGUGGAGCUGGAGGGGGCGGAGCUAUCUGAUGAUGAAUCUGUUGAUGACAUGGGCUUUGGCCUCUUUGAUGAUGACCCUGCAGAAACUACUACCAUGAAGAAGAAAUCGGCUCGCUCUCAACAUACCAGAAGAAAUCUGGUUGCUCAAUUAAAGACUAUUUAUGGUGCCCCCCAUACGUGUGCUCUCCGUCGUUUACCGCCGCGGGACAUAAAUGCUGAAAGCGUCACAGCAAUUCAUGCUGAUUUGCAGCCACCAGCUGAAUCCUCUUCAGAUGUCAGACCUGCUGCACCCACUCGUUCCAGUUCUUCUGCUGGAUUUAGUCCAGACAUAGUUUAUGGUGGUGUUCAAGGUCCUGGACCCGUGACUUUUCGUUCUCGCCGAGUAGUGCCAUUUGGAGCAACAGAUGCUGCUCCUCCUCUGUGUGGAGCUGCUUCACCUUCUCCUUCUACCAGUCAAAAUAGAGUGACAGCUAUCUAUGGCAGGUUCCCAAUGACAGCUGGAAUGUUUGCAGCUCCUCCUCCUCCUCCUCCUGCCAGUAUCCAAAGCAGAGCUGAAACAUUCAGAGCUCCUCCUCCUUGCUCUAUCACAGUCCGAAAACAUAUGGGUCUAAUAGAUCAAUCUGCCGGGUUCCAAAGCAGUUUUGGUCUGAGUGGAACUGCUUCACCUUUUCUUUCUGCCAGUCAAAAUAGAGCGACAGCUAUCUAUGAAAAGCUCCAAAUCCAAGCUGGAAUGUCUGCAGCUGCUCCUCCUCCUCCUGCUUCUAUUAGACCCUUAGAGACAGAUCGAAUGUCAGAAGCUUCUCUUCCCCCUAAACACGGAAGGAGGAGUCCAAUGUUAGGAGCUCCUCUUAGACGCAGAAUGGAAAGUCGAAUGUUUGAGGCUCCUCCUCCUUCUGCACUUCAUAUCAUGGACCCACAUUCUGGUGUUGCAGAGGAACCGAUGCAAGUCGACCCGUCACCUUUAGAGUCCAGAGAGCCGGAUCCAGAAGAACUGAGACUGAAGUGGACCAAGAUCUUCCAGCUGCAGAACCCAGACGGAUACUGGGAGCUGACUGCUGAGCUGGGAGGACUGAUCGAUCUCAACGUGGAUGUGUUUGCUAACGUGUUCCUGAAGAACCGAGGCAUCCAUUCUCUGGGUGUGAAGGCCCACGCUAACAUCCUGAAGCUGGUGGCGACUCUGCUGGUUCUGCAGCUGAUGAGGGUGGAGAAGCUGGAGGAAGGCAAACUGCUGCAGAGUCUGUUUUGCCUGAAGGAGCCGUCAGAGUCCAGGCCGGAGCGCUGGCAGCAGGUGAAGAAGGCGGUGGACUGGGUUUGCUGGGCCGACCGGGAGUAUCCGUGCAUCUGCAGCCGGCUGGAGUUCGGUUGGAGCUGGGAGUCGAGCACCCGGCAGCUGCUGGGCUUCGAUCGCUUCCCCCCCUUCUCACCUCUCAGCAGUCUGAACCUGCAGAGAACCUCAGCUCUGCUGCAGGUCCACUGAUGGAGCACAGGAGGAGAUGGAGGAAGAGAAGCUGAAAGGAAGCCUGCAUUUAAAUAAACCAGUUAGUUAGACUGGUUUCUACUGGGAAACGAAUACAGAUGGUGGAAAUUAUAAUUCAUCAGAUUGGUUUAACAUUUUUUUGUUUUUCUGAUAAGUAUUUUAAUCUGCUUUUAUGCUUUUCCUUCAUCUUAAAAUAGAAAUAUAAGAAGCAACAGUUAAACCGAAGCAUCAGAACUUGUUUUAAAUGUAUUAAUCAGUAACUUGUGAAAAUCACUUUUAAACAUGUUAAGGUUCUAUGGGGUAAUUAUGCGGCAGAUAUUCUUACAGAGGUGGUUUGUUUUUAUGUUUUAUUUGAAUCAUUUUAUGUCUGUUAAUAAAAUUCUGGGAUAAAUGAACGAACAGCUUCCUUGACGUCUCAUGAUGGCAGCUUGUUGUUUUUCUUUUUAACGAUUUUAUCUCUUCUUAUUAUUGAUUAUUUUUCUCUCUUCCUUGAAAUUUAUGAACGCAUUACAAAUUUUUUAUAUAUUUUUUUCCAUUGUGGCUCUUAAUGUCUCCUUUAUUUGAUUUUCUGCACUGGGCCUGUAUACACCGUCCCUCUGUAUGUAUGCAGCCUUUGGUUUGAUAUCAGCAGUUUGCUUUGGAAAUAAACAUCUGAUUAAAUAUCGUAUUUUAAGCU